AUGAAGUUUCAUUAUAAAAUGGAAUCAGUGCUGAUUACGAUAACUGCCAUACUUUGUACGAUACUACUAUUAAAACUUCUCCACAACCUUCGAUCAGCAUUGCCUUGGCGUGUUAAUUGUUGGUUUUGUAACUGUAAUAGUUGGGUAAAGUUUCCAGUCCGCAAUUGCUGGAUUUGUCCAAAAUGUGAACAGUACAAUGGAUUUACUAAGGAUGGUGAUUACAACAGGGUCCUCAAUAUAGCUACAGAGCAAACAAACAAGAGCCCUAAAGUUUUUCAAAAUAAUUCACCAAAGAAUGGCCUCUGUAAAAUGUGUAAUAUAAAUCAACAGCUCAAGGUGACACAGUUGGCCAAUUUUGUUCCUAUGAAUGAUAAGAUGUUUGAUGAAGAAAUAGAAUCAUACAGGUUGCAGUUAGAAAAAGCAUAUAAAUUAUGUAGCCCAUGUAAAAAAAUACUACAAAGCAAGCUGCAUAAGGAGAAAGAGACCUUCCUAGGUUCCAAGCUGUUACAAACCAGGACACCUGAGAAGAAACAACAGAAGCAUCAAGAAAAACAGAGUCAAAUUAUAAAGAAUCUUGUAAAUGUAUUUGCAGUCACUUCUAUUGCACAUAAAUCUGUGCCCUUGGAUCCAAUCCUUAUGACUAGUGUCAAGUUAUCAAGUGUUUUGGGACUCAUGUUAGUGUAUAGAAAAAUGAAAUCAAAGACUGUUAGAAUGGCUUUAAGAAUACAAACAACACCAAAAAAAGUGAAGAAUUUAGCAAAUGGAAGAAUUAAUUCCUUAAUUGAUGAAGAGGACAGUCUGUCUCUGGACACAGAUGAUGAUGUAUCCCUAAGUAAAUUUGGAUUGCACAACUUUACAGACUCGUCUAAUGAAACUCUCAGUCCAUUAAACAAAAGUUUGAGUAAUGGUAGAUCAUUCACUCCAAGGACAGAAAGUGUUUGGGGCAAGCCAAAACUGAACUCCACAUUCUGUGUGAACCCAGUUAUGACCAAAAGUCCUAAUUCUGUUUCUGACUCCGUAUUUAUAAAGCCAUCAUUCAAUAAAUAUCAGAAUUUGGCCAAAAGCGAUUCCGAUUCGGAGUUGGAUGAAAGCAUAAGCUCUUUGUGUAUUGGUCCAAAGAAGGGGAAUGCGAAGAGUAAUCCAGUCUUCGGAUUGCGAAAGUUUAACCCCACCCCAUGCUUUGCGGUGCCGACGCCGUUGAACGGUUGCCGGCCACUGAUAUCGCCGAGCAAGCUUGGCCACAGCACAUCAUGGGUGGCCGGCGGCUAUUGGGGUUCUGAAGGCGAACGCCAGAUAUUCAAUAUAAACGGCAGCCGCUCGUCGAGCCAAAGCUCCGGCUUCGAAUCGCAGACCUCGAGUGUGAACCAGCGCAAUCCGUUCUCUCAGCCCCCGUCACGAGAAGAUUCCGUGUGCGGGGAGCCGGACAGGACCACCGCGCUGUUCGACAGAUUUCAUAAUUACAACCCGAGCAAUUGCAGCUCCCAACACGCUUCAAGUUUCGCGCCGAUCAGCUCGCCCGUCUUCCCACAAAUGCAGUACAACAGGCACGUGCAAAUACCUCGGCCGAGGUUGGCUCAGCAGACCUUUGUGUCCCAGAAUGUCUUCGCCCAGCAGCAACCCUUCCCCCCGAACGGCCUGUUCAAGACCCCUGGUGGGUCUGGACUGAUCAAAUUGCCUCAAGAUAACAUAUUUGCCUCCCGC